AGUGGACAAGCUGAAGGGCGACGACAGUUCCUACUUUGUUUGUAGCACACGGUCAGAUUCCAGCGACGCACCGGUGUGUUUACUCGCUGUCGGGAGUCUGUGUCCAGUUCGGCUCUGUUUUCGACCAGCAGCGCUUUACUUGUCACAUCUGAGAGGUUGACCUGCCGGUAUGGCAUCAGCUCCAGCCCAGCAGCCCACUCUGACCAUAGAACAGGCCAGAGUUGUUCUGAGUGAAGUCAUUCAGGCCUUCUCAGUGCCUGAGAAUGCAGCUCGAAUGGAGGAGGCCAGAGAGAGUGCCUGUAAUGACAUGGGGAAGAUGCUGCAGCUCGUAUUGCCUGUAGCUACACAAAUCCAGCAAGAGGUCAUCAAGGCCUACGGCUUCAACAACGAAGGAGAAGGUGUGUUGAAGUUUGCCAGACUGGUGAAAAUGUAUGAAUCUCAAGACCCGGAGAUCGCUGCCAUGUCAGUCAAGCUCAAGUCUCUCCUUCUGCCACCUCUGUCAACCCCGCCGAUUGGUGGUGGAAUCCCAGCUUCCUAGACAGACUGAAACCUGCAUCUCGUUAACAAGUCUUUGUGUUCCCCAGACUGAUCUACGCUCUGUGAUCCUCUUCCGGAAAUGGAAAUAUCAUUCAAAUCACGAAGCGGUUUUAAAAAGCACAUCACAUUCCCAUGUCAUUCCAGCCUCUGAAUGAUUUCCAUUUCACAUUUCGCUCAUAUUUAUUCUUUUUUGUCUUCUACGCAAGUUUUUCUGCUUUUUACAGAGGGUUUCACACACAGACUCUCUGAUUUAAACAUCAAAGAAACAACAGGAAUUGAGUUUAUGAAGAUCUGUGUGAAAUCGGGAGUUUUCAAAAACACCUAAAAGCUCAAUUUCCAGUUAUGAAAUUUUACCCUGCAGCUGAAAAAUGACCCCAGCUGCACUGUAGUACAGCAAUCCCACACAGCGGCUGAAAGGUAUAUUUCAGUGCUUUUUAACCUAAUCUCUUAUCUGCAGCGUCCGUAGCAUGUCGCUGCUGUCGAAACAAAACCUCAUGUCACAGCAGAACUCAAAUUAUGUCCAAAACAAAAAUGGAGAUACAAGGUUUUGUUCUGACAGUGUCAGAUGUUCACGACAGACAAGAGUUUUACCUGUUGACUCAAAACUCAUUUAUAAUAGAUGGCAGUGGACAGUUGCUGAAAUGACCCUUAAAUCGUAUUUACAAUUGUGCCUACCAACAUGAACAUAGUGCAUUUUAUGGAGCUGUGGAAUAACAGAACUUAUGAGCAAGCCUGAAACACCUCCUUCCAUUCUAACGUCUUUUACAUUCCCAUCUCUACCUUCCGUUUCGCCACCACUCCAACUCCUCAAAGGCAGGUCUGGCCUUUUAGCUCCAGGCAGAGGCUGCCCAGAACUCCAGCUCAAGUUCAUCCUUCCAUCCAUCAGUCUCACCUCAUACUAUCAUCAUAAAGGCGCGAUCUCAGCUCUCAGACUCUUAAUUAGAACAACGCCAGGGGGCUUUUUGCUUCAGACUCACUUUAGAACCUCUGUUUGUAGUUGAGUUUGUCUUCUUGUGCAGCAGGACGUUGGAUUAGUUUGUGUGCUGUGUCCAGUGCAGCUGAUCCAUCAACUUAACAGGCAUUUAGCAAAACUCAAAUUUUCUCAUUAUUGUUGUUUUUUUUAAGUAUCUUUUUUACAUUUUUUUCAUUGUGUUAUGUAUUUCAGUUCCUUGUGUGCAAUAAACAUGUUUACCAGUACGAA